GCGAUCAAUGCUAUGACCAAGAACAUUUCGGCAUUUUCAACAUGAACGACAUGAACGAACUCGCAAGGUUGUGGAAGCAUGCUGGCUUCCCUGCAUCAGCCCUCGAUCGACUAUCCCUUGGUGGCAGCGCUGCGCAGUACCUACCCAGCGGUUUCCGUGUCACAUCGGCUGCGACGAUCUCGAUUGCUCUGAGUGCACUCGCUGCGUCUGAGAUCUAUAAACUUCGCACAAGUCAUUCACACCCCGUGCGCGUGGACCGACGAGAUGCAUGCCUCGAGUUUGACUCUCAGUCCCAUUACCUUCCUCGUGUGGACCAGCCUCCGUUAAACGUUUGGGACCCGAUCUCUGGCCUGUACCCCACAAGUAAUGGCGGUUUUGUGCGAUUGCAUGCAAACUUCCCACAUCACAAAGAUGGCUUAUUACGAUUGCUUGGUCUUCCUCCAACCGCGGACCGCGCUGCAGUCGCUGCCGCCCUUCUGCAGCAUGACGCAGAAGAGUUUGAAACGGCCGCGACUUUGCAGGGCAUGUGCGUGGCUGCCUGUCGCUCACCCGCCGAGUGGGCGUCCCAUCCAAUGGGGCAAUACCUCCAGCGACACAUGGAAUCCAAUGCCCAUGUUCCCUUUCGAGUUGUCCAUUCCAAGCGUAGCCACACUACCUCCCCGUUUCGCCUUUCACCGAUGGAACCGCAAUCUAAUUGUCUCGCUGGCCUCCGUGUGCUAAGUCUGACACGUGUCAUUGCCGGUCCGGUUGCCGGUCGUACUUUGGCCUCGCAUGGCGCCGAUGUGUUGUGGGUAACAGCGCCGCAUCUUCCAGCGCUUCCUGCCUGCGAUGGAGACACAUCCCGAGGCAAGCGCACGAUUCAGUUGAAUUUGCAUCAAGCGAAGGACUUGGCGACGUUCCAUCGGCUCGUUCAAUCUGCCGACGUCUUUAUCGACGCGUACCGACCUGGCGCGUUGGAAGCGUUUGAAGGCGUCGACACAGAGUCGCUCCAUGCGAUGAAUCCGUCGCUGAUUGUUGCCAAGCUCUCCGCGUACGGCACGAAGGGGCCCUGGGCGAACAAGCGUGGCUUCGAUAGCCUCGUGCAGACGGCAACUGGAUUUAACGUAUCAGAGGCGCGGUAUUUUGAAGGACAAGAUGUCCCCAAGGCACUACCAGUGCAGGCGUUGGACCACGCGUCGGGGUACUUGUUGGCGUUCGGGAUCCUUGCCGCAGUCCACGACAAGUUGACUUGUUCGACACCAACCAACUCGCAGGUCGAGGUGUGUUUGGCAUGGACGGCCGAGUGGUUGCGACAUCUUGGCCAAGUACAGCAAGGGGAGACAACGGAGGAAAUAUCACCUGAAGAUGUGCAUCGCAUGUUGGAAGUCGUCGACAUGGGGACUCACCAGGCAAGGUUCGUGAAGCGGUCGCCCGAAAUGACACCGUCACCCCGCUUUGACUUUUAUCCGCAAUCCCUUGCUCACAAUGACGCGGAGUGGCUGCCACGUAGUCAUGUCUAAUGCAAUCUAUCCAAGCUGUUAUUCAGUGUUGGAUUUAAACUUGUGUGAAGCGCUUCCUCUGCCAUCCUCC